GCACUCUGUACGCCCGCCGCCGUCGUGAACACGGGCCCGCCGACACUACACGACACAGCCGGUCCGUCGUCCAGUUUAGUAUUCGACUCGUCGUGUGUUGCGCGCGCUCGUACGUUGCGAUCUUCGUCGUGUGGAAAAAUAUUAAUAAUAAUAUCAACAACGCGCGCGCGUUUACGUGACUGUGUGAUUUUCGCGUGUGAGUACUACGCGCGCGUGUGUUUUUUUUUUCGGUCCGACCGCAUUUAUUAAUAUCGUAUAUACGGCAGCAGACGGUACAGUCGUUUUACCCGCGGUCCGUUAGUCUCUCGUGUGUUCAAGACGCACGUCACACCGCGUACGUACGUGUGUGUGUGUUUGUGAGUUCGUGUGUGCGAGCGCGUGGUGUUUCCGCGUGCCGGUCAAAGUUUUUUCCCUCCCGGCACCAAGAGAUCCGACGGGAAGAGACGAGAUAUAGCGGCCACCGGACCAGCGAGACCGCGCAACCACGACCGUCACACCGGGGUACGACUAACAACUUAGUCAUACCCGCGUACUCGACGACCACCGGUGUGGUGUGCCCCCUGAUCUCUGUAUAUUCUGCUGCUGCGACGACCACCACGACGAGAUACGCCGCAUCGGACAGGGCACGUCGUACACCGCACGUUUUUGCGCGCCGAAAUGCGACGUCCCGAUCAGCUGGCGUGCAGCAGCAGCACUAUUAGCAGCAGCACCGGCAGCAGCAGAAACAGCAACAGCAGCAGCGUAUCGAGCAGCACAAGCAGUAGUGGCCACCGCCGUUAUCGUACCGUCGUCGCCGCCGCCACCGACGCCGCCGUCGUAGUAGUUAAUACGCCGCUUUGCGAAAGAUAAUAACCGCCGCGCCGCCGCCGUCGCUGUCGUCGUCGUCGAUCAUUCUGUUUAUUAUCAUUUUUCAAUAAAAAUAUAGAUUACCUCUACUGCCACACGCACACACAUAUAAUAUAUAUAUAUGCUAUAUAUGCACGAGUGUGCCGCCGUUCGUUUUGUAUACAUGUUUUUUGAUUUUUUUUUUAAAAGUAUUUCUUUUUCCUGUUGAAACCCGUCUAUACGACAGCGAUCAGCAACUGCAGCUGCAGUGUAUCACAAUCGCGUUGACAAUUAUAUAUCUGUGUAUAUUAUAAUAUACCUAAUACGGUCUUAAUGUUCACUUAACGUACCUACAUACCUAUAUUUGCAAUUAUUUUUGUAUUAUACCGUCGUUCACGCUGUUUUGUCGUUGAUAUAAUAUACCAAUACUGCAACGUAUAAUAUAUUUCGAAUAAGCUUAAAUUAAAAAAAAAUAGUUCUCAAUAUCGCGUGUUAACUGGUUGCAGUGAUCUUAUAUACACAACAACUAUAAUAGUAAUAGUUUUAAACGGUCUGCUGUUGGUAUACAAAAGCAGCCACAACGGCGAUAAACAACUACAUAAGUAACAGCAGCAGCAGCAACAGCAGCGGCUCCUCCAGCAACAUGGCUCAACCCAGGGUGAGUGUUUAUUACGACGAACCGGGUAUACACCAACAGCAACAGCAGCAACAGUACAUGGACGCGGUGGUCGGAGCGGCCGCCGCGGCCGCGGCCGGCAAUGGCGUAGUACCGCCCGGCGUAGUGCCCGGCGGUGGAGUUCCUGGCGGUCUUGGGCUCGCCGGUACCGGUGGCAUGUAUGACCAACACCAACAGCAACAGCAUCUCGCCCAUCGGGGCCUCCAAAACAUGGCUGCAGCGGCAGCAGCAGCUGCCGCGGCCGCACAGCACCACCACCACCAUCAGCAACAGCAAGCUGCGCACCUCCAGCAACAGCAGCAGCAACAACAGCAGCAGCAACACCCAGUAUCGGCUAUGUUCCAUUCGGCGGCCGCGGCUGCUGCGGCCGCUACACCGCCAAACCACGUGUCACCGGCCGCAGGCGGUGGUACGCCCGCCAACAAUCACACAUCCGGUGGUGCGUCGGUGGUCGUGCCUGAAGCACAGAAACGCGACAAAGAUUCGAUUUACGGGCACCCGCUGUUCCCGCUUCUGGCAUUAAUAUUUGAAAAAUGCGAACUAGCCACGUGCACGCCCCGGGAUCCAGGCGUAGCGGGCGGUGACGUGUGCUCGUCCGAGUCCUUCAACGAAGACAUCGCCGUGUUUUCUAAACAGAUACGUCAAGAGAAACCGUUUUAUAUGGCUGAUGCUGAAGUCGACUCAUUGAUGGUGCAAGCAAUUCAGGUGUUACGGUUUCAUCUAUUGGAGUUAGAAAAAGUUCAUGAACUGUGUGACAACUUUUGUCAUCGUUACAUCAGUUGUUUGAAGGGAAAAAUGCCAAUUGAUCUCGUGAUUGACGAACGGGAUUCGUCGUCAUCAGCAUCCGCAGCAGCAGCGGGUGGAGGUGGUGGAAAAUCCAUGUCUGAACUGGGAGGUUUGGGCGGUCUAGGGGGCGCUACUAACGGCAAUAACGACGGCCGCAGUAACGCGGAUUCAACAUCGCACACAGACGGGGCGAGUACACCAGACGUUAGACCACCUUCAUCUUCAUUAUCGUAUGGUGGACACGGGAACGAUGACCGAUCUCCCGGUUCGGGAGGCACGCCUGGGCCGAUGUCACAACAACCGGGCUCACAGCAAAGUCUCGACCACGGUGAUCCUGAAUUGGGUAAGUGUACAAGUAAAGUCUACAAACACUUUUACAAUGAUAAUGCAUUCCGUGGUAAAUGGUGCCAAAGGCGAGAUUGGCCUCCACCACUAGACGCCCGAGCGGCAUCGGCUGCGGAAGCGGCGAAACGCGGUCUUUUGUAUCAAUCUGUGUUCCUCGGCGGUAGCCCAAAUGAUUACAACUCGUGUGAUGCGAGUAAUGCCAGUGUCGGUAGUGGUGAUGGUACGGGUGAGGAUGACGAUGAUCCCAGUGGUGGAAAAAAGAACCAAAAGAAAAGAGGUAUAUUCCCAAAAGUGGCCACAAAUAUACUUCGAGCGUGGUUAUUUCAGCAUCUAACGCAUCCUUACCCAUCGGAAGAUCAGAAAAAACAACUUGCUCAAGACACCGGUCUGACUAUACUUCAAGUCAACAAUUGGUUUAUAAACGCUCGACGGAGAAUAGUGCAACCUAUGAUCGAUCAGUCUAACCGUGCCGUAUUCUCACCGCAUGCCGGCCCCAGCGGAGCGUACAGCCCCGAGGCAGCCGGUCUCGGAUACAUGAUGGACGGACAGUCUCAGAUGCUCGCAGCGGCAGGUCACAGACCCCCAGGCGACCCGGCCUAUCACAACGAAUAUCAUCAUUACCCGGCCCAAUACUACGGUCAUUUGUAGUACCGUAAAUUACAAUCUGAAUUCUAGUACUCGUGUUUCAUUACAAUGAUUGAUAACAAUCUGGUUGACUGAUGUAUAUUUUUUUCACUGGUCGCUAUUAUUAUUUUAUUUUAUUUAUUAUUAUUAUUAUUAUUAUUAUUAUUACUAUUUUUUUUUAAUUAUGUUUAAAAUAAGACUAUACGGAUUGUUUUUUUUCCUUUUUAAUAACGAUUAAUUAGCCGGUGUUGUAAUUAAAACAUUAUUGUCAAUGUAAUAAUUUACAAACGAAAACAUUCGAUUUAAACAAAAUCAUAAUAUUAUGCUGUGCGUCGCUACCUAUCUGUUUCGCGUUAUGUAUAUAUUAUAAUAGUGCCAGAUAAUUCAUCAUUAUAAUAUGUGUACACGCAUAAUAUUAUUGAUUACGAUGUAAGGCGGUUAUUGCCUAUAAUUUAGACCUAUUUUUUUUCAUUAUUGUUUAGUCGACGUAAACACGUUAGUCGUGUAUAGUAGUACGUAAGUAUUAUAUACAUUUAUAACAACAAUGUAAUGUGUCCGCGUAGGACAAUGUUAAAUGUACGCGUGUUAUGUAUAUAUAGGUACAUUGCAUUACAAUGGCAAUUCGAUAUUAUAAAGCAUAUUAAUGUGUAUAUGCGCGCUUAAUGUGCAUGUGCAUUAUUACCCGUCAACUCGAAAUACGAUAUUAUUGUAAACGGUAUUUUCAAUCUUAUAAAAUAUUAUAAAUCACGAAAGAAAGUUCGAGCGUCAUUUCGAAUUGUAAUCAGUUGUAGGUAUAAUACAAAAAUGUACAGAGCACACCAGCCAAACGAGCUAUAUAUGAUUACCUAUAUUAUAAUACACAUAUAUAAUAUUAUAUAUAUAGUUGCAGUAUUUCCUUUAUAGCAUCGUCAAUUUUCUUUGUUUUAUCAUUAUAUUAUUCGUUUUCUGGCGGCUAUACAUGGGAUUUGACCGUUUUCGAUUAUGUUUUCGGGUGGUCCUUUGAAUCCACGGUCUACAGCCUUUUGCGGAAGACCUGUCGUUGCUACGCAGUAAUUGAUAUUUAGCUGUUCCAAUUUUGACUCUGUUACUACGUAUAACGUAACAAGAAUAAUAAAAUAUAUCGACAUUUUAAAACCUAAAUUUGCCGUCAUCACAAAAUGACAAAGUUACACAUGAGUAUAUAUUGUACAAUCUCGGAUCUUUUUUUUUCUAAAAAAAAAAGAAAUAUAUGUAAUAUUAUAUUUCACGUACUUUAUAACUACUAGUCAUGUUUUAUAUUUUAUAUUACCAUAUAAAUAUUAAAAUGAUAAUUACGAUUAUUCUAAUAAUAGUGUCGUAACAAUAUCUGUAUUGACAUGUAUAAUAACUAUAUGAAUCCGAGAAAAAAUAUUUAUUACCUAGCGUAUGAUUUCACGAUUAUUUCGAUAUUAAUCUGUACAAUGUCUAGAAAAAGUUGAAAUUUAUUUCGUUUGUUAUUGUUUACACGUUUUUUUUUAGUUACCAAAAAUUUUAAUGGUGAAUUAUUUUUCCGAACAUCGUGUCUCGCGGACAAAACAACUUAAAAAUUAAACGUUCCGACCGGUAUACGGAUAUUGGCGGAUUUUCAUUUUGAUUUGAAAAGAAUAAAUAUAUAUAUAUAUGCAAAAAACGCUGCAGUGUAUAUUAUAUUAUGUACACAAAAUAAUAAGUUGUUGUUUUGUUUUCACAUAUGAAAUAUUAUUAUUGUUAUUCGUUAUUUUCUAUAUUACGUCCCAUCUCGAUUCAUAUAUGAUCACAUUUCACCUAUUUUUUUUUUUUUUACUUUUAAUACUUUUUAUUAUCGCGAUAAUGUUUUAUUGUUAUAUUUACGAAGUAGUGUAAUAGGUAAUUUUUUUAUUAUGUUUAUGAAAAUCAACAUCGUCAAUAACAACGCGGUCUACGCACAUCGACAAAAUAAUACGAUGAUGUCUGAAUUACAAAUCUUUUUGUUCUUUUAUAUAUAUAUAUAUUAUAUAUAUAUUAUAAAUACGUGCUAGACAUUGCUUUUUUUGUGCCAGUAUAAUACACUUGAUGUUUUUUAUCUGUAUAAGUAUAAUUAUUACGUACCUAUAAAAUGUAUAUAUUGUAAUAAAUGUCUUUUACUAUUUUAGCUAUACAUUAUAAUAAUAAUAAGAGGAAACUUUUAUGUACAUACUACAGUAGGUAUAUAUAUAGUCAUCGUCUGAUAUACAAAUAUAUAUGUAUGUGUGUGUAUAUACAUAUUAUAUGUGUAUGUGUUUGUAUAUGUGUCUCUAUAUAUAUGCAUGUUGUAUAAUAUGUUCUUUUUUUUUUUUUUGUAUGUUCUUUACAUAAUAUAUAUAGUUGGUUAAGAUUUACAUGUUUGAUGGAAGAAAAAUGCGUGCAGCAGCAACUUGUACAUAUAGAUUGUAACGUUUAUAGUUGUGUAUAAUUUUUACAAUGUGAUAUAUAAUAAUGAUAAUUAAUAAUAAUUAAUAAUAUUAAUAUGAUGAUUAUAAUAAUGUAUAAUAUGUAAUCAUCACAUCAUAAACAUAAUAAUUAAUGAUUAAUAAUAUAAUAAUAAUAAUAAUUAUAAAUAUAAUAUAUAUAUAUUAAUUAUAUAAUAAUAA